CAGAAAUCUUAGACCGAACAAACUUGUGAGAAGCUGUGGAUUUGCAUCUAAACUGUUAUUUUGAUGUCUGUUUUAAAGACCUAUAUAUUUUAUUUAAGGGACCUGCAGAAUUUAGCUUAUCACUCAGUUAAUCUACUGUGUAAAAAAAAAAAAAAAAAAAAACCACAACCGUGACUGCUAGACCUGAUAACAGAUCUCUGCAAGCUCCACUCCCAUUUUGUGAGACGUAUGAGGAAGAAGAAGGAUUUUACCAGCCUCCAUUAUGAGGCAGAUGGAAGCACUGGAUGAUGGAGUAAAACAAAUCUGGUGAAUUCACAUCUCAUGUUGUACAGUAUGUACUAACAGGACUGCUGAUCUCUGGGAUGUACUGGAACAGAAGGCUGUUCUGGCUAGUCCUGGUCCUCCAUGGCUGACCUCUUAGAGGAUGAAGAGCCCUCUCACGCCUCCCUCCUACUGGAUUACCUGAAGGAGUUCUGUGAACAGGAGUUCAAGGAGUUUAAGUGGCACCUGAGUCAGAAAGUGCUGAAAGGCUUCCCACCCAUCCCAAGGGGCCAGGUGACCAAACUAGAUAAAAUGGAUCUUGUGGACGUCAUGGUGAACACCUACUGCGACGAGGGGGCUCUGAAGAUCUCACUGAAGAUCCUGAAGAAGAUGAACCAGUACGGCCUGGCUCAGAGACUGGAGAGAGAUCUGCAGAAGUGUAACUCAAUUUCAUCUUUCUAUAAUACACAAUCCAGUUUGUAUUUACCUCAUCUUUAUUGUAAUACUUUCCCUCCCCUUUCAUCUCUAGUGUGUCCCAUGCUGACCAUGGGGUGCCCAGAGCCUUCGGAAAUGCUGCCACCCUCCACAGUUCUAACCAAGGGCCUCAGUGAGCCUCCACUAUCUUUUGCAGUACCACCCAAGGAGUUACCUUUGCUUAGACAGCCCUACCCCUCCAGGAUGGCACCUAUAGCUGGAGAUGGUGACCAUGAGGGACCAGAAACAGGAAACAGAACAAUGCAUGUUGGGUAUUCUGGAGAGCCAUCAGCCAGUCUCCAGUAUGGCUGCAUGCUGUGUAAGGGUCCUCUGAAGGACCUGGUCUCUAUCCCCUGUGGACACCUCUUCUGUAGACAGUGCAUCAGCAGCUACUGGGACCAGUCAGGUCCUUCGGGAGCCUACGCCUGCCCCCGGUGCAGAAAGAGGUCCCGGACGCGGCCUGCGCUGUACGUGCACACAGAGCUAGCUGGACUCGUGCAGGAUCUCCAACAGGAAGGGUGCGGCCCUGCCCUUCCUGCUUAUGGCGUGGCGAGGCCCAGAGAGGUGGCCUUUGAAGACUACACCGGGGGGUACCAGAGACUAUCCCAAUCCAGCCUGAAUUACCAAGCAGCCGGCACCCAGCUACCCUACACACAAAUAACAGCACAGGGCCACACACUGCUGGAGACAACUGGGAACCAGCUGCCAAGGCUCUGCCUGCUCCACCAUGGACCUGCAGAGGGGUUCUGUAACACUGACCAAAUGCCGGUCUGCAGACUCUGCACAGAGCAAGAGCACCAGGGCCACGAUAUUGUGUGUGCUGAGACAAAACAAGCUUGGGCACGGGUCCCUACAACAUCGGACACUUUGUCUCUGCUCGUUCACACCCUGGAGAAGCUGGCAGAAGAAGAGUUUCAGCAGUUCAAGCGGACUCUGAGAAAAGAUUUCCCAGAAUACCUUGGGGGUUCAAUGGAGGACUACGACAUUGUGGGCAUUGUUCACAAGAUGCUGGAGUGCUGUGGCAGAGAGGGGGCCCUGAAGAUCACACUGCACGUCCUGGGGAAAUUUAAUCAGGACAGUCAUGCAAAAAGUGGGAAGGAGCAGAAUAUCCAGGAGACAAUGAAAAUGAAGAUGAAGAAGAGGUUUGAAUGCAUAUUUGAGGUGAUUGCUAAGCAAGGGAGCACCAUCUUCCUCAACGAUAUCUUUACGGAACUUUACAUCACAGAGGGCGGAAGCGGGGGGGUCAAUAAUGAACAUGAGGUGAGGCAGAUUGAGUCAACAUCAAAGAGGCAAGCUGGACAAGAGACUCCCAUUAAAUGCAAUGAUAUUUUUAAACCCUUACCUGGUCAGAGGAAGGAUAUCCGGGCUGUGCUGACAAAGGGGAUUGCUGGCAUCGGAAAAACGGUCUCUGUGCAGAAGUUUGUCCUCGACUGGGCAGAGGGAAAAGCCAAUCAGGAUCUCAAUUUCAUAUUUCCCCUCCCCUUCAGAGACCUGAAUGUGCUGAGGGGUCGGAAAUACAGCCUGAUGCAGCUUCUUCACCAAUACUUCCCUGAAAUGAAGGAGAUCGAGAACAUUGAGAGCACUAAAUUCAAAGUCCUGUUCAUCUUCGAUGGUUUCGAUGAGUGUCGCAUCCCUAUGGAUUUCCGAAACUGCGACGUCUGGUGCGACGUAACGGAGUCGACCUCCGUGGAGGUGCUGCUGACGAACCUCAUCAAGGGCAACCUGCUCCCCACUGCUCUCCUCUGGAUCACCUCCCGGCCGGCAGCCGCCGGUCAGAUCCCCUCCGACUGCAUCCAGCAAUUAACAGAGGUGCGAGGCUUCAACGACCCGCAGAAGGAGGAGUUCUUCCUGAAGAGAUUCAGAGAUCAGACCCUGGCCCACAAAAUCAUCGAGCACAUCAAGACGUCGAAGAGCCUCCACAUCAUGUGCCACAUACCGGUCUUUUGCUGGAUCUCUGCCACUGUGCUUGAGAAACUCCUGGUUGAGGCAGACAGCGGAGACAUUCCCAAAACGCUGACUCAAAUGUACACCCAUUUCCUGCUCAUUCAGAUAAACAUAAAGAAUCAGAAGUACCAAGGGACCAGCGAGAAGAAUGCGAAAAAGCUGUCAGAGUCAGAUAAGGAAAUCAUUCUGAAACUAGGGGAGCUGGCUUUCCAACAGCUGGAGAAAGGCAACCUCAUAUUUUACGGAGACGACUUGAAAGAGUGUGGCAUUGAUGUCAGCGAGGCUUCGGUGCACUCCGGAGUGUGCACGGAAAUCUUUAAAGAGGAGUUUGGGUUGUAUCAGGAGAAGGUGUACUGCUUUGUGCAUCUCAGCAUUCAGGAGUUUCUCGCUGCUUUGUAUGUGUUUUACCUCUGCACACAAGAGAAUAAAAAUGCACUUGACCCUGAGUGCGUAUGGAACGAACAGCAAGACUCAGAGGAUAUGGAGAGUGGGGGAGAGGAACUGAACCCAACCGAAAUGGAGACUGACCAAGAAGCGCUAGACUCAGACUACAUGAAUGAAGAUGAAGAGUAUUUGUCAGGAGAGGAGGAAGGCUAUUCUGAAGACUGUGUGUAUUAUAUAGGGGAUGACGAUGAAGCAGAGGUUCCUUUCAGCACACCUCUGUCUGAUCUACACACAGGCGCGGUAGACAAGGCCCUGCAGAGUGAGAAUGGACACCUGGACCUUUUCCUUCGCUUCCUUCUCGGAAUCUCAUUGGACUCCAAUCAGGCUCUCUUAAAAGACCUACUGAAGCCAAUAAGCAAUAGCACGCAGAGCGCUGAGGUAACAGCCGCCUAUAUUAAGGAUAAGAUCAGAGAGGAGUCAUCUCCUGAGAGGACCAUCAAUCUCUUCCACUGUCUGAUUGAGCUGAACGACAACUCUCUAGUGGAGGAAAUGAAGACUGCCUUGAGCUCAGGGAUGCUAAAGGACAAAGUGCUAGAACCCCACCAAUGUUCAGCUCUGGCAUAUGUGUUGCUGAUGUCAGAUGAUGUGCUGGAUGAGUUUGACCUGAAGAUAUACAAUACACAGGAUUUAGGUCAUGAAAGGCUUGUACCAGUCGUUAAGUCCUGCAGGAGGGCCAUACUGGACAGUUGUAACCUCAUCCAAGAGUCAUGCAAAAUUAUUGCCUCAGCUCUCACGACAAAUACAUCCCAUCUGCAAGAGCUUGACCUCAGCUACAAUAACUACGUGGAGGAUUCAGGAGUUAGGCUGUUAUGUUCUGGACUGACAAGCCCACACUGCAAACUUAAGAGACUGGCCUUGGCAGGCUGUCAGAUCACUGAAGGAAGCUGUGAUGCCCUGGCUUCUGCUCUGCGCUCAAAAUCCUCACACCUGACAGAGCUGGAUCUGAGCCAUAACCAUGUUGGGGACUCGGGACUUAGACUGUUGUUAGCUGGACUGAAGAGUCUCACCUGUAAAUUGGAGAAACUGCUGCUGGGAAGGUGUAAUCUCUCAGAACAUUGCUGUAAAGAUUUGGCUUCAGUGCUACGCUUACACCACACAGAACUGAGAGAGCUGGAGCUCAGAGACAAUGAUCUAAUAGAUUCAGGAGUGAGAGUAUUGUCUACUGGACUGGAGGAUCCCAGCUGUAAACUACAGAGAUUGGGGCUGUCAGGCUGUCAAGUCACAGAGGGAGGCUGUAUUUCUCUAGCUUUAGCCCUGUCUUCAAACUCCUCACAGCUGAGAGAGCUGGAUCUUACCUACAAUCACCUUGGGGAAUCUGCUGUGAGGCUGCUCUCCGCUGGAUUGGCGGAUCCCAAUCGUAACCUUGAGAAACUUCUAGUUGACCAUGGUGGAGAGUUCAGGAUCAAACAUGGAUUGCAAAAAUAUGCCUGCCACCUUGAACUGGAUCCAAACACUGCAAACAGACAGAUCUCUUUGUCUGAAGGGAACAGAAAGGCGACUGGGGGGACAGAGGAACAGCCAUAUCCCGACCACCCUGAGAGGUUUGAGGCCGAGGGACAAGUGCUGUGCAGGGAGUCGCUGUCUGGUCGCUCUUACUGGGAGGCAGAGUGGAGUGGGUCAGUUGGUAUAGGAGUAGCAUAUAAAGGAACUAGCAGGGAAGAUAUGGACACUCGCUUUGGAACGAAUGACAAGUCUUGGUGUCUAGAGUGCUCUGGUAAAGACUUAACUCUUUAUCACAAUGAGAAAAUAACCUCCGUUCGUUCACCCCCAGUUGGAUUCCAAAGAGUGGGCGUGUAUCUGGAUUGGCCAGCGGGAAUUCUUUCCUUCUAUGGCAUCUCCUCUGAAACUGUGAACCACCUGCAGACACUACACACCACAUUCACUGAGUCCCUCUAUCCAGGGUUUUUGGUCCGUUCUGGUUCCUGUGUGUCCCUAUGCAUUCUGGGAUAGUCUCCUGUGACCUUAAGUUGUUCGUCAAGGCAGAAGUUGCCUGUGAGUGCUGAUCUAUGGCCAAAUUCUCCAGGCACAAUUCUAACCAUAACCGUCAUAAGAUAAACAGCAAAACUCAAAACUAAAUCAGCACUUACAGGCAACUUCUGCCUAGAGCUAAACCGCUCAUCUGCUCAUAUUAAACUCUAAAUACACACAUGCGCAUGUGCACUCCCUGUCUUGAUCGGACGCUGUCAUCUAAGUAAAUAUCAUGUCUUUUCCGCCUCUGCUAAUUUUCCAGGUGAUGCUCAAAGCUCUCGGCCCUUAAAACAGUCCUAACAGUGUCUGUGGCAUCCCCACGAUCGCUGUAGUGUCCCCUCCUUCUGCUGAUGUCUUGUUCAGUUUGGGUCCUGCGAGCUUCUCUGCAUUCAAAAGGAAAGCUAUCACUGACAGGGUUUUUUUUUUUUUUUGCAUCUCCUCCCAAGACAUUAAGCACCUCUCAGUUUUCUGACAACGCCACCCAUGGAUGUCAUGUUUUGGGUUGCAUUCUUUUAUUUUCUGUCCUCUUUCAAGCCAUAGCUUUGAGCCAAACUAAUUAAUUUAUUGAUUUCUUAAAUUAUUUGUCUAUUGUGA